AUGAGCACUUCUGGUUUCUACGAGCUCUAUCGUCGAAGCACUGUGGGUUCCACAUUGGUGGACGCACUCGAUACCCUGAUUAGCGAUGGUCGCAUCGAAGCCUCACUCGCAAUGAAGGUGCUAGGCACAUUCGAUAGGGUUGUGGCCGAGACCCUUAAGGAUAAGACACAGAGUAAGCUCACAUUCAAAGGUCAUCUAGACACAUAUCGUUUCUGCGAUGAUGUGUGGACAUUCAUUAUAAAGAAUUGCAGCGUAAAACUUGAACAAACAGAGGAUGCUCAAGGUAACACCGUUGUGGUCGACAAGGUAAGGAUUGUGGCCUGCAAUUCCAAGAAAACAGGUGAACAGUAA